AUGGUUUCUAUUAUUUCGAACGAUUCAUACAAAACGCUCGUGGCACCGACUGUGUCAGAGGUUGAAGCCCUGGAAUCGCCGAUCAAAACCAUCUCCGAGAUUUCACCAGGUUUUCCUUCUUUUGCCGCAGACUCCGGCUCAUGCCAUGACCUCAUCGAUUUCGGGGCCGAAGACUCGAGCCCUUUGCUCGUCGCGGACUCUGACGACUCAAACCAUGGGUUCAUCGACUCCGGGUGUGACUCGAGUCCUCGAUCCACCGGUGUGGAGGCUGUCAAGCUCGACGAGCAACCUACCAACGUGAAGUGUGUCGAGUCAAACCAUCAGCUCAUUGAUACAGAGUUCCCCGAGCUGGAUCAACAUGGCCUCUUGUGGGAGGAAGGCAUACUGGGUUUCGAACCCCUGUGGUCAGUUGAGCCGAAGAUCGAAGAUAUCAAAAAGACCGUACAGUCUUUACGCCCCUCAAGCACGGUUGAAGUGGGAUUUUUAGCCCAGGGUGGUUUCAACAAGGUCUACAACGUCACGGUGGAUGGCAAAGCUUUUAUCAUGCGGGUUUCGCUCCCCGUGGAUCCACAUUUCAAGGUCUUGAGCGAAGUCGCAACAAUGGAUUGGGUGCGUGAAGUCACUCAACUUCCAAUCCCGACAGUUAUGAACUUUCAGUCAUCACGGGAGAACUGCAUUGGGUUUGAGUGGAUGUUUAUGACCAAGAUGCCAGGAAGGCCUUUCAAUGAUGUCUGGCUCUCGCUUUCCUUCGAUGCGAAGUCCUUUCUGGUCCGUCAACUGGCAUCGAGCUCGGCCGCCCUUUUCCAACGUCAAUUCCGGGGGAUUGGAAAUAUCUACGGAGGACCGAGUUCCACUCUUGAUUCAGCCUCAUCUUCUAAGCUGCCGCAUAUCCGAAAUCCAAUCAAAGCCACGGCUAUCGCCCGGAUGGAUGAUCUUGGUCUCGAUGGCAGCUAUGAUUUGCCUUCCAAUGAUGAGUUCCAGGAUUCAUGGCUUACUGUGGAUCGGAUCGUUUCCAUGCAAUUUUUCUGGCAUUUACGUCUCCGCCAAAGAGUUUCACGUGGCCCCUUUCACUCAAGUAAGGAUUGGAUUGCAGCCCGCCUUGCGAUCAUCGGAAAUGAAUAUCAGUCGAUACUGGAUCGGCUCCAAAGCGAGAAUCUCACCGAGGACGAGGAAGACGUGAAAGACGACGCCGAAAAGACUCUGAGAAUAGUUGAGCUGCUCAUUGACCUUCUCCCCCGAUUCUUUCCACCGGAUCACGAUCAUGAGGAGCCAGAGCCGUCAGUCGUCUUCCACGACGACAUCAACAACAACAACCUCCUUGUCAACGACGAUGGCGAACUGACAGGAGUGCUAGACUGGGAGUUUGUCUCCGCAGUGCCUCUAUGGAAAGCAUGCGACUAUCCUUUUUUCCUACAAGGCCCAUCUGUACCCUCAAAGCCUGACCCAGACAGGUACCCCUGCAAGCGCGAUGGAACUUUAAGUAAACUGUACCACGACCAUCUAUGGGGUCACGAGGCCACCUGCUUGCGGAGUACGUUUAUCGAUGAAAUGAAAAAGUUGGAUGGACGAUGGGUGGAAAUUUUCGACAAGAGUCAGCACUUGAGGGACUUGGACACGGCGGUGCAAAACUGUGAUAAUUCGCUUUGGUGGAAUUUUAUCAAUGCGUGGAUUCAGGACAUCAUUUCCGAGAAAGACAACAUUCAAAGCUUGCAGGACAGACAUCACCAGAAUCAGUUCCGCCCGUUAUGA